AUGGCGGGCGGGCGGGACGCGUUGCCGGGAGACGGGCGGGACCCGCUCGGGCAGCGCCGGGCAGGGCGCCCUGCCCGGGGAAGGGGGAACGGGCAGAGACCCCCCGGUGUCCGCAGCUGCUGCAUCUGUGGCCAGAGUGGGGCCACCAUCACCUGCUGUGAAAAAGAUUGUGACCUGAGCUUCCACCUGCCCUGUGCCAAGCAGGGAGGCUGUGUCACCCAGUUCAUUCCACUGUACAGGUCCUUCUGCCCUGCACACAGCCCAGAGCAGGCAGUGGAGGCAACUCCAGAGCCGGGCACCAAAUGCCUCAUCUGCAUGGAGCCUGUGGAGGACAGAAAGACCUUCAAUACCCUGGUGUGCCCAGCCUGUAAAACCACGUGGUUCCACAGGGACUGUAUCCAGAAUCAGGCUAUCCAUUCUGGAUUCUACAUCUUCUGCUGCCCGCAUUGUCAAAAUGAGUAUCGAUUUCUGAUGGAAAUGUUUAUCAUGGGGAUACAAAUCCCCAGGAGGGGACCAUCAUGGGAGGAAGACGGUGCCUAUGGACAAUUAUAUGAGAGACACAGCCGCUGCAAUGCCAGUGAGUGCCUUUUUCCAGGAGGCAGGGAGGAGGCAGAGGAACAGGGGCCCUGGGAACUGCUCCUGUGCUCCUCCUGUGCUGCCGAGGGCACUCACAGACACUGCUCUGGCCUGAGGGACAGAAUAUCCAGCUGGGAAUGUGAUGGCUGUGCUGGUCUGGGCACAGCCUCCAGAGAUGACUCGGAGCUCAGCAUGGACAAACAGCUGGGAUUGGAACCUUCCCACAGCAUGCCACCACCUGACACCAUCAGCCCCAGCACAGGCAGCCUGGUGCCAUCAGGGCUGUCUCACAGAUCUCUAGCACCUGAGAUCAGCAGCCAGGCACAAUCAGGACAGUCACUGGAAUCUCCCUCUCUAGAGAUCAGCAGCUCCAGCACCACCAGCCAGGCAUCAUCAGGGUCCUCCUGUGUCUCCCACGAUCUAGAAAGUGGCAGACGCUCCGGCAGCCCUGGGCCUGUGUGGCAUUCCCUCCUGCAAGGUCAGGCCCAGAAUCCCCACAGCCAGCCUGGACACGGGCACCGGACCUGCAGUGCACCAUCCCAGAAUGCUGGCCCUGAUCCCGCUCCACCAACACAAUAAAGCACACUGGAAGGUACCACACUCAUAUGUCAGCUUCCUCCUCCUCCUCUCUCUCUCCAUGGGCAGCAUUCAGGGCUGGGCCCAGGGGGUCAUCGUCUCCCAAGGGUUGGCAGCACCUUCCCCAGCCUCCUUCUUUUCAAGGCCAGCCUUGACUGGCUCCCCAGCACCAUGGCUGAAAGCUUUGGGCCUCACUGGCCCCGGGGGCUGCUGUUCUGAGGCAGCCCCAAGGCGUUAACUAAUAACUGAGGAGCUCCCAAAACUCAGCAGCUUUCUUUGGAUGUCAGCCAUUCCCAUGGCUGUGACAGGUGGCUUCACAGUCUUUCCAUCUUAGCAUCGGGCAUUGGGGCACAGUCUUACACCCUGCAGACUCACUGAAUAAUUCACUUCUGGAAAGCAACUGAUUUUCUCCACUCCUGCCUCUGUUUACUUGUGUCUGCAAAUAUGACAACCAUCUCCUUGACACAAUCCUCGAGCUCA